GAACAAGAAUGUGCAUGAUACACGGCCCCAUAGUUACCUGUGUGUUUAUACAGGUACGUGACGAUGACAGGUAAAUUACUCGAUCACCAGAAAGUAUAAAUACCAAACAGAAAGCAUAUACUUUCCUUAAAUCCCUGGAGCACGGUGGAUAUCGGGCCAAGAAUUUCUUCUUUACACACAUCUGGAGUUUAGAAGUAUAAAAGCUACUAUUGGACUAUGGCCACGCCCAAAUCUCAGGAGGUCAUCACCUGUGACCUUUGUGUCAAGCCUACCCAGCAGUUCUGUAACAACUGUCAACUCAGUUUGUGUGUGGACUGUGUUAGUAAACACGUGGACAAGUUCAAGUACCAACCACAUGACAUCGUUCAUUUCAAAGACAGAAAGAUACAACUUGUUUUUCCUGAAUGUGAAUUUCACACCAACCAGAGAUGUGAGGCCCACUGCCAGCAAUGCGAUGUUCCAGUUUGCCUGAAAUGCAAAUUUGGUCCUGGGGCCCAUAAUGGACACACAGUCAAGGAUAUGACAGAAAUCUUCAACGACAAGAAAAAGAAACUUGAAAAGGAAACCAAAGAAAUCGAAUCCACCAUUAUUCCGCAGUGCAAGAAGAAAAUUGAAGAAACAGAAAGCAAAAUAUCCAUUAUAAUGGCCGAAUUUGAUGAACUGGACAAAGAAAAAGAAAAGCACAGAAAAUCCUGGCACCAGGAAGUAGAAACCAUUUUCAAUAACCUCAGUUCUUUAAUGAAGUCCAUCAAAGAGAAUCUCCUGGCUGUUCUAAACUCUCACAAAUCCAAAACAAACAAUCAAAUUCCAGACAUGACCCAAACAGUUGAACAAAACAAAGAAACUCUGAAGUCAAACAGUGUGUCUGCAGUCACUAACUACAAAUCCAAACUCGAGGAAUACAGGAACAUGCCUACUGAUAUUGAUAUCAAACUGCCAUCACUCAAAACCAACACAGUCCAAGGGAGAGAACUCAGCCUGGAAUUAGGAGAAUACAAGGCUAGCCUGACACAGACAACACUGUCCAGUCUGACAGAGGAAGUCUCCUAUUUAUCUUUACAAAAGCUGUUAAAGCAAGCCAAAUCAAUUACAACUAUUCCUACUGGGGUUAAUCCUCUAUUCCAUGUUGCCUGUGUGGGAGUGGAUGAAGCCUGGGUUAGUGGUCAAAAUAAAACCAUAAGACGUGUUGACAUACACGGGUCUGUACGGGACACUGUCACCACCACAUGUUAUUUCUGGCCUAUUGACAUCACAGUGACCAGACAGGGAGAACUGGUAUACAGUGAUACAACUGUGAACAUUGUCAGACACGGGAGAACAGAGACACUGAUAACCACACCUCAGGACUGGCAUCCAGACAAACUAUGCUGUACUAAGUCAGGGGACAUCCUGGUCAGUAUGUGUACUAUUGAUUUUAGCCAACGUAAAAUUGUUCGUUACCAGGGACACACAGUGAAACAGGAAAUAGAUCGAGAUGAAGAUGGAGAACCAGUCUAUCAAGGAGGAGAAUACUCGCUGUCUGUGGUGGAGAACAACAAUGGAGACAUCUGUGCCUCUGAUCUUAAUGCCGACACCGUGGUCGUGGUGGACAAGUCAGGAAGAGUCCGAUUUCGAUAUGACGGUACACCAGCCAGGAGGAAGAAGUCAUUUAAUCCUAUACAUAUAGUGACAGACUCCAUGAGUCAGAUUAUUGCGGCAGAUAUCAGCAAUGCCUGUCUUCAUAUCCUGGAUCAGAACGGGCUGUUCCUGAGAUGUGUGGACAAUUGUGGACUAGAUAAUCCUCAUGGACUGAGUGUGGACAGUGAAGGGAGGUUGUGGGUAGGGUUACAUCAUUCAGGAGAAGUGAAAGUGAUUCAGUACGUGAAAUGAAUAUAUAGGAUCUCCCAUGGUUGAAUAUGGUUAUUAUCCAACUCGUGUGUUUUCUAUCCUCGAGCCUUGACUGGGGGUUAGAAAACACGAAACGAAAGGCUGGAGGUUAGAAAACACGAAACGAAAGGCUCGGGGAUAGAAAACAUGAAACGAAAGGCUCGGGGAUAGAAAACACGAAACGAAAGGCUCGGGGAUAGAAAACACGAGUUGGAUAAUAAUAUCCAACCACAAACCAUGGGAGAUUCUUUUUACCACAUAUCUUAUCCUGAGAGAUUAUUGAAUUUGCAUUUCAAAAUUCUGUUUUGUUUACCUCAAUCCGAACUACAUUUGUAACGUUACAUCGUUACAAUAAAAAUUAGGAAGAAUUGUUUUCGCACACCAAACUUCCAUUUUCCAUAGUUUUUACACACAUAUUGAGAUCAUCUUUAUUUAAAGUGGAAAAUUAAAACUUACGGUACAUAACAUUCACCUAUUUGUAUGUGCGCUUCAAACACGGAACAGUGUAGUGAACAUAGUAAAUUAAACUUACCAACAUACCAACUAUCAAAGACAAACAAGAGGCCCAUGGGUCACAUCGCUCACCGGAGUCACCUUGGCCUUGCCAUUGUUCAGCUAUUAUUAUUUUUAAAACAAUUUUUAUCAAUCUUUAUUCUCAUGAUAAUUUUUAACCCCAUAUUGUGGCCCCAAUUUAGUUCCAAAGGAUCACAAUAUAAUUGAAAAUGAUUUCACGUAACACAGAGAUACCUCAACACCAAUAUGACUAACAUGACCUUGCUGUUCUGGAUAACACCAAGGUCAUUGAUCAUGGUAUGAUAUGAAUGAAAGGUGAAGAUAACGAACAUUGAUCAAUCUCAUAACUCCCAUAAAGCAAUACAAAAUAGAUAGUUGGGCAAACACGGACCCCUGGACACACCAGAGGUGGGAUCAGGUGCCUAGGAGAAGUAAGCAUCCCCUGUCGACCGGUCACACCCGCCAUGAGGCCUAUAUCUUGAUCGGGUAAACGGAGUUACCCGUAGUCGAAAUUAGUGUGCCAAGAACGGCCUAACAAUCGGUAUGAAACACGACAGACAGCAUUUGACCCAAUGGUAGGUUGUAUUGAAUACUUUGCCUUAAGAAACCUAUAUAUAGAGUAUGAAAGAUCUAUCUUAAUAGUCAGGAGAUAUUAAAGAGGUAAGAUUUUUAAUAAAAGUAGGUCAAACUUCGAGGUCAAAGUCACAAGAUCACACCAUUGCAUCAGAUGAAAGGUCUUUUUGUAAAAAAAAAAAAAAAUGUACGAUUUUCCCAUUUAAAAUUAUCAGCAUAGAACACUUUGGUCCCCCAUUACGGCCACACCCUACUCCCCGGGACCAUGAAUUGCACAAACUUGGAUCUACUCCAUGUCGGGAAGCUUUCAUGUAAAUUUCAACUUUUCUGGCCCAGUGGUUCUUGAGACGUUUUCAAUGAGCCCAUCCAUUUUUGCAUUUUCGUGAAUAUCUCCCCUUUGAAGGGGACACGGCCCUUCAUUUCAACAAACUUGAAAGUCCUUCACCCAUGGCUGAUAUGCACCAAGUUUAAUUGAAAUUGGUCCAGUGAUUCUGGAGAAAAAGAUGAAAAUGUGAAAAGUUUACAGAGGGAUUACGUCACAAUCUGUUUUACCCC